AUGAAGAACUGUAAACACAUUGACUCCUUUGCGCCCUGCCCAACAGCCCUUGGGGAAUGUUCAUCUGGACACUUUGGUUCUAAUUGUUCUGAGAUGUGUCACUGUCAGCAAGAAGAAUGCAACCACGUAACUGGAAGUUGUCACCACGUUGGAUGUCAGGCUGGCUGGUCAGGACAGGCUUGCGAUCAUCUACAAUCAGAAACGUCUUCAGAAAGCUCGCCUGGAAGUAGUGCCCUGAUAGGAGGAGGAGUGGCCGCCGUUGUAGCUGUUUUGAUCGUAAUUUUGAUCGUGGUUGUUGUUGCACGAAAACGCCGAACACCCAGAAAGGAAAGAUCUUUGGGUGACAAUAACAUCUCAUCGGAUAUUCACCAAGACAAAAAGGCAGGUGAAAAUGUCUAUGCAAACAUUGCUACAAAGGACACAAGGAAAACAAAAUCAUUCGAAGUAAAAACACAAAAGGUGAUCGAAACUGAUAUUGACGAGGACGAGGUUGUUUAUGUCAAUGGCCCAAAUGACGCCGACGUUCGAGGAGAGACGAAGCUCGUGGUGUCUGACUUGAAGGAAACUGUAUCAACCAAACACCAAAAUGACAUGUUCGGGGUGGAAUAUAAGAGCUUACCGCACGGCUUGAAACAUCCACACACUAAUGCAAAGCUGGAACAAAACUUACUACGUAAUAGAUUCAAAACUACAUGUCCAUAUGAUCACUCCAGAGUUGUUCUAAAGAAGGAGAAGAAAGGAAGUACAGACUACAUCAAUGCCAAUUAUAUCGAUGGUGUCCGUAAUCAGAAGAUAUACAUUGCUACACAAGGUCCAAAGACGAUGACACUAGAGGAGUUCUGGAGGAUGGUAUGGCAAAACAACUGUGGAAAAAUCGUGAUGCUGGCGAACCUGGUAGAACUUGGCAAGGUAAAGUGUACAACCUACUGGACAGGAAGUGAUGGGAAUCCCUUGGAGCUAAGCCUCUUCCAAGUGACACUACAGGAGGAGGUAGCGUACGCCUUCUACACCAUCCGGAAACUCGCAGUGAAAAACAAACAGACAAAAAGUACAAGAGAAAUAUCGCAGUACCACUUCACAAGAUGGCCAGAUCACGGAGUACCGGAACCUUUCGAGCUCCUCCAAUUUUACAAGCGUGUAAGGAGUGGCCGUACCAACCAUAAAGGACCUUUCAUUGUACACUGCAGUGCUGGUAUUGGACGAACAGGUAGUUUCAUUGGACUAGACGCAUUGUUGCUGGAAGGAAACACCAGCGGAGAAAUUGAUGUGUUUGCCUACACGGAAAAGAUGCGGAAAGACAGAAUGAAUAUGAUUCAAACAGCGGAACAGUAUGCGAUGCUUCAUGAUGUUUUGUUGGAAGGCUUAACAAUCGUGACGUCAAGCAUGUCAAAGACAUACUUCAGUAGGGUCACCAACGACAUGGACGAUGAUGAUAUACCCAAACAACAGUAUUUAUUGCUGAACUCAGCAAGACCCGAAUAUAGUACCAUUGAGUACAAGACAGCACUUCAGAACAAGCAAAAGAACCGCGAUCAGUCUAUCUUGGCAGUUGAAAAGUACAAGAUCCGCUUAAUGACAACCGCAUCAGGGUAUAUCAACGCCGUUAAUAUACCGGGUUACAGAAUCCCUUACGGCUACAUACUUACCCAGCAUCCUCUUGACAACACCGUCAUUGACUUCUUGUCCUUGAUAGCGCAGGAACGAUCGGACACAGUGGUGUCCAUUGGUCUUCUACAGAAUGAUCCAUGUUGGCCUACACAACAGGGCGCUCGGGCAAAGUUCGGCGACUUCGUCGUUACAAGUGUUCACUGUGAUCAUCAUUCUGUUGGACCCGAACGUGUAGAAGAACGACACCUGGCAAUAGUAAACAAAGAAACCGGAACCGACACAAAGAUUUCCCUCUUAGAAACACCUUCGUGGGGCAGUUCAUUGCCAAGUUCUAGCUUUAUGUUGGAAUUAAUACAAAUCAUUCAGUCUAGGCGGAAGAUAGAUGCUUCUCCGGUUAUCAUCACAUGCAGUAAUGGCGCUACAGAGAGCGGUGUGCUAUGUGGCCUUUGUAACGUGAUGGAACGCUUGGAGGUCGAUGGUGACGUAGACAUCAUGGCGGCGGCCAGACAGCUUCAGAUCCGGAGACCGCAAUGUUUCCCGAACAAGGACCAGUACGUCUUUUGCUAUACGUUAGUGAAGGAACAUCUGGAGGCGAGCACAGUGUAUGCCAAUGUUUAAGGUUUAAAACAAAAGAUGGAAACUUGUCAAUUUGAGACAAAUUCAGAAAACUCUAAUGUAGUUCCAAUUUGCAUUCAUUCUGCUUAUAUGUGGAAUACGGGCAACGUUUGGUGAGGAAACAUUGAACAUAGCUCUCAAAAUUGUGUUUUAAAAGUGUGCACCAAAAUGUUUACCUUUUUUGUUUGGUUUAUAGCAUUUGGUAUUUUACUUUGUCGUCUCUGAUAAUUUUCUCAACAAAAGAGGUUUCUGCAUGUACCAAGUUUUGUCACUGAUUGCAAACCAUUUUGACACCUUUACAGUUCUGUUUAGUAUUUUAACUUAAAUUAGAAUCGUAAA